UGUUAGUCGCUAUUCUGUUGUUGUGGGAGUCAUGGCGUCUUACAGUAAACUGUCAGAUCUUUUCCCCAUUCAGAGCCAGCUAGACUAUGCUUUAGAAGAUGCGACGACUCAAGAAGAGAAGGAAAAUCUCGUACAUCAGUAUUUACACAAAAUAGACGAAAGGGACGAUUUAAUUAUACCGGAUUUUGAAGAAGGACUGGAAUGGUUGAACACAGACGGCCCACUGUUACUCAGGAACGAACUUGUCAAACACUCUAUAUAUCUUGCAUUUUCCUUCUUUUUCAUCUCUGCAGAUGGUCUGGUUGUCAUAGGUGUGCACUCAGCUAAAUUCCCCAAUGAGAAAGUCCUACAGAACGUACGCAGUGCGGUGUUGAGAUAUGACAUCACCCAUCCCGUAGUGAAUGACAGUGAUGCACGUCUGUGGCAGGAGCUGGAGGUGUCCUGCUGGCCCACGCUAGUGGUGCUGGGACCCAGGGGAAAUCUGCUUUUCUCCCUGGUGGGUGAAGGCCAUCGAGAACAGCUCUUCCUUUUCACUGAGGCCGCCCACAAGCACUACAGAGAACAAGGGCUGCUCAAGGACCAUGAUGUGGGAAUCAAACUGUAUAGAGACUCCCUGCCCCCCUCCAUCCUCUCUUUCCCUGGGAAAAUAGCCAUGGACCCCAGCAGCAAGCAGUUGGCUAUUGCCGACACAGGACACCACAGGGUAUUGGUGGUCUCCCAUACUGGGCAGCUGCUGCACACAGUAGGGGGUCCUUCAAGUGGGAGACGAGAUGGAAAUUUGUCUGAGGCACAGUUCAGCUCCCCACAAGGGGUGUUCAUAAAGGGAGACACUGUCUACGUGGCUGACACUGAGAACCACCUUGUUAGAAAGAUCAACCUUUCAGAAGGAAAAGUCUCGACCUUAGCUGGCAUUGGCGUUCAAGGCACAGAUAAAGAAGGCGGAGCACCGGGACCACAACAGCCAAUCAGCUCUCCCUGGGACGUUGCCCUUGGCAACGCAGGUGGUGAUAUAGUGUGCAUAGCCAUGGCAGGAACGCAUCAGAUCUGGGCUCUCUUCCUGGAGGACGGGAAGCUUCCCAAAGGGAGCGACAGCAAAAAAGGAACAUGUGUGCGCUUUGCGGGCAGUGGGAAUGAGGAGAACAGAAAUAACGUGUACCCUCAUAAAGCGGGUCUGGCCCAGCCAUCAGGCCUGGCUCUUGCCCCGACUGAGCCCUGGGAGUGUCUCUUUAUCGCUGACAGUGAGAGCAGCACCAUUCGUAGCCUUUCACUGAAGGAUGGAGCAGUCAAACAUGUGGUGGGGGGAGAAAGAGACCCUCUGAACCUUUUUGCGUUUGGAGACGUUGAUGGUAAAGGCAUAGAUGCAAAACUGCAGCAUCCAUUAGGAGUGUCCUGGGAUGAGGGCAGCAGCCUCCUCUAUGUAGCCGAUUCUUACAAUCACAAGAUCAAAGUGGUGGAUCCGAAGACUAAGCAGUGCAGGGUGUGUGCAGGCACAGGAAAGGCUGGGAAUGGACUUGGCCCAGGCUUUCUGGAGUCCAGCUUCAACGAACCCGGAGGCCUGUGUCUGGGUGAAGGAGGAAAGCUGCUGUAUGUGGCGGACACCAACAACCAUUGCAUCAAAGUCCUGGACCUGCAGACCAAAACGGUCUCUUUGUUUCCCAUUGUUGUUCAGCAAGAGGUUGAUUCUGUCCUCACAACUGCCACUAGCAGCACACCUGCGGUCAGAAAGCUUCCCAAACUUCCAAAAUCAGCCCCAGUCCUUACAAUGCCAUCAAUCACAGUUUCUUCAGGGCAGUCAGUCACUCUUUUUCUGAAAUUGGCACUACCGACUGGGACCAAGCUGACUGAAGAAGCCCCUAGUUUCUGGAGCUUAUCUGCAGAAGGUAACGAGUGGUUACUGGAAGGGCGAGCUGUAACGGGGAGCAUCAGUGAUCUCUCUGAACCUAUCUCGAUCGUCUCAUCCAUCCCAGCGGCCCCUGCAUCCCCAGACCCUACACUGACGCUCGACGCCUGGGUUUACUGCUGCCUUUGUGAGGGCGGGGCUUGUAUGAUGAAGGCAGUGUCCUUUAAACAGCCUCUUCUGAUUGGUUCCACAUCUCAGGAAGGUUCUGUUGCCGUGAUGCUUGAGCAUGCCUUUUAAAAUAAGUGUCCACCCAAAGGAUCUUGGAGCACAUUUAAAGGGGAUACUUUACCAAAACUGAAAAUUCUGUCAUCGUUUACUCAUCCUAAUGUCAUUCCAAAA